CACUCGGGCAAUUAGUUCAUCAAUGGUUCCUUCCACAAGUUAAAAUCGUUUUCCAAUGUGGCCGAAGGCAGCUGAAACUUCGAAGCAGGACUGGAGAAAUCAAAGUGAGAGCCGAGAAACCUCGUUUCAAAAAUGCGCGGGAGGCGCUGUCGGAGUUUCGAUCCUCUGGUUGUUGUUUUGAUAAUCAAACGUCAAAACAGAGAAGAGAUCGGCGUCUCGUCCCGUUUUUCGUCGAUGGCCGGCCUCGUUUUCAAAAAAAAGAAAAUCCCCUUAAAACUGUGGAAAUGGCAGAGCGGGCUGGGUUCAUCGCCAAGGACAUAAACCUCAGAAUGUGCCGGGUACCAGAUUGAUGGUUAUAUUAAAAUGGAUCCGGUCGGCCCUUGGUCUGCGUAUGCUGCUUCGUACAACAGGUUGACCAGCGGUGGCUUCCAGAAUGGUCAAAGUGAAUUGCACCAUCUUGGCACCGGUGGAGGGCCGGUUCAAGCAUCUUCCACGACUUCACAGUUACUGUUUCAAGCACAUGCCAAUUCAAGCUUUGCCAAUACCGCAUCGCCUUUUAACCAUAACGGGUUCCUUUCACCACCACCUGUUCCGUAUGAAGCAGUUUUCACCCCUCUUUUCCACCAAAAAGCGCAUUACAGGCCGCUUAAGCAGACUGAAGCUUAUAAUGUGGCACCUACUGGCAAUAUGUUCGAUCAGAAUAAUUCUUCCAUCGGAUGGCCUCAAAACAACCAGCUGCCCAGUCCCUUUGGCAUAUUGCCCCAUGAGAGUGUGCCAAACAGUGCGAAACCUUACGAAAAUUUCAACCACUUCUCACAACCUUUCAAUACACAAUUAGAUUAUAAAAAUUCACCAUACGAUCCGAAAAAGUGCCCUCCUUCGCCGACAAAGACAAACUCUUUCUACUCAGAAUCUAACUUUAAACCGGUAGAUUAUCCAAAGUUUCAAAAUGGUCACUUGCAGCAGUCUUGUGCUGGCUCAAUGCCACCGAAAGAAUACAGGAUUCCUCAACCUCCAAGACAGUUCACACAGAGGACAGAAAAGGCGAGAGAGUUUACACCACCUACAAAACCCCUCCACCAAAUGGAUCAAUCAGAAAGAAGAGAAAAUGAAAUCCAGUCUUCACCUAUCAGCUUCGCUAUGAUGGAUGGUCAUCGCAAUUUCCACAAACUGAGAACCCAACAGUAUCACUUAAAUCAACAACAUUACAGAUUCAGUUCAGCUGAUGACUACCGGAACAAAGCUUCAGAUGUCUUUAGCUCAAAUUCAGCAACUGCUGAUUGUGCUGCGGUUAAACGCCCUAGCCCUCUUCACCAACAGUCACCCAUACAAGUAACCCAGAGCCCGGUUUAUCCUCUAUACAAUUCUCCUAUGACAUCCAUAUCGUCCCCGAGCCCUGUGCAACAUGACAUUUGCUACAACAAAACUGAAGUCUCUCCGCCGAUUGAUGCUAGUCUUCCACGAAAUGUCACUAAUUACCACUCUGUAAUUACGAGGAGUGAUAAGAAUUUUCCAGAUAACAGAUUCGAGAGACCAGACUAUAACAAACAUUGGGAUGAAAGGCAAAGAAAAUUUUUAAAUUACGAUGUGCAAGUGCCGCAGAAGCAACAGUAUUUGGAUUCAGCCCCUCAAGUGGCACUUCAAGAUUUGAGCAGUUGUCGAGGUGAUCCGAUGAGCCUUGUGAAAACCUUGCAACAGCAGCAGCCUGAGAAAGUGUUAGAAGACAAACAAAGAAGAACAAAGAGUUCAGAAAAGCCGGAUGACUAUUACGGCCGGGUUCCACCACCAGCACAUCACAAUGGGAAUCUCCAGAACCAAAACAGUUAUUACGAGUUCGAAAGGUGGAACAUCCCUCCACCGAAAAUGUUUUCAAACUCACCUGUCACAUUCACCUCACAGUCGACACUAAGUAAUUUUACUGGGGUCCAGCAUCAGUCGAUCGUUGUACCUCCAUUACCGUAUUUUCCUGCUUUCCACGUCCCAUCAGUACAGCCGAACGAUGAAGCUGAUACGGAGAAGACACGGCCGAAAUCAGUCCCAAACAUUGAAGAAGAAUUGAGUUUUCUAUCCGAAGAAAAUUUCCCUUGGGACAACAUGAAAGAAAGGAAGAUAUUAGCACCAAAUCCUAGAGCUAGCUUUAUGUCCAGCUACGUAAAGUUUCUUCAAGGGGACAAGGACUCGUCACCACCUCCCAACCCAAGGCCUAUCCCUAGAACGACUUGGGUGUUGUCGAAAUCCAUGGCAAAUCCGAGUAUAAAACAAAGUGACUUUCCUGCUGAUCCACAAGACGAUCCGAGGUAUUUUCCUCUACCUAGGACGUCGCAAGAAAGGAAUUUCGAUUCUUCCCAAUCUGAAUGGAGUGAAAAUGAAUUGGGUUUUAACCCACGUUGCGAGACCAACAACAACAAUCAAGAGAAUGUGAAAGAACACUGGGAAAAUAAAGAGGAAGUUGAUACUAACAAAUUAGACAAAAAUCCAAAACAGACUAAAAAGAAAAAACGCAGAAAGAGAAUGAACAGGAGAAACAAAGGAGAUGAUUUCCCACUGCCUAGAAGGGAAUGUGCAAAAAGAAAGGCUAAAGACAAACUCGGCAAUCUCAAUGAAGAAAUCGAAGGCGAUGAACUUCAAUUUUCAGAUUUAGAUCCUGCAUGGUCUCCAGAUUCUUCUGAUGAAGAUGAAAUAAUACUCUCUAAACGAAAAAGGAAUCACACGAAGAAAAAAACACGAAUUAAACACAAACCGGAAAAAGUGAAAACAUUAGAAAAUUUCCAACCUGUUAAUAGUAAUACAGAUAAAUAUGUGGACAAGAAUAUCAUUAAAAAACCGCAUGCAGUUGUUUCUCCAAUGCCUUCUGCAUCUGCCAAAUCUCACGCCCAAUUCCCUUUUAACGUCGGUGAUUUUGUCGUUUUGCAAACUGACAUGAUCUUGGCCAAUCCUCCUAUUUGGAGAGUAAAAGAAAAGGCGAUGCUUCAGAAAUUCACUCACUUUGUCAAAAAUGGUGUGCUGUUUUACAUAAAUUUACCUUGCUUCACUGGCUGGAGUCCUGAAAGUAAGAACGUUUAUGAAAAAGUGUCAGUCAAAACUAUAUCUCAGACAAAACAUGAGACCGUGGUUCAGAUGAUAUCGACCGGGUUACAUGUCAUAACGUCGGGAAGGGAUAUUAUAGCAGAGAGUAUGAAUGAGAAUUCAAAAUAUCAAGAUAAUUUUGAAGUUUACAUACAGACGCUCUUUUCACAAGCUCUCGAUUCAAAUUUCUUGACAGAAAUAUUUCAGGAAAAAGAUGAAUAUUUCCUGGACAAUGUGAAAGUGAUCGAUACGUUUUCCAAUGAACUUCUUAUGAGGCUGAAAAAGGUGUUGGCCUGGCCGAACGUCGUCACGGAGACAGCGGCGAAGCUGCCGAGUUAUAAGAUAGUCCAAGGGCCGAUAUCCUCGUCGAGAUGCAUUUGCGGUAUUCACGGUGGGGCCUCAGGAGUCAUGCUGUGCGGCUCCACCUACCACUCCGAAACACUGAGUCCGACUGAUGAAAAUGUUCCCUCCUUGGAAACGUCGCUUUGCCAGACCUGUAUACAAUACUUCGAGGUUUUGCACAGACUCUGCCACCAAAAAUUUUCCCUUUAUGCAGUCUGCGUGGACAAAGUGAACGAAAAGAGGGCCAUUGAUUUUGAUAAGGACACAACAGUUCUCCUCAAUGAACUUCUAGCCGAUGACGUGUGGUUAACAGAGAUAUUCAAAUUGACAAGAAGCUUUUGGGGCUAUGUAGAGAAGGUCAUUUACGAUAUACAGCGGAUAAAGAAAAACAAAGAAUUUUCAAUGUGUCAAUGAUUUUAAUAUUAGAAAUAUAAGUAUGGCAUAUUAUUUCAAAUGUUUUAAAUUUCCAAACAAAAUUAUAUGUAGAAAUUUUUUAAAAAAUUAUUUAUACUUAAAUUGAAAACUUUUUUUUUUUAAUUGUACAUUUCAACUUUUAAUAGUGAAUGGUAUAGUUGCGACUUGGUUAUUAAAACUAAAAUAGCUUAUGUUGAAGAAAAACAUGGAUUUCAUGAGAGUGCCUAAUUGUAAACAUAAACCAGUAAGGGUCGCAUUAACUGAACACUAAAAGACCACAAUAAAACUAUUUUUCAAAAUUUAUGAAGUGAUAGAAAUGGGAUGAGCUAUAUUUUACAUUAUCUGAAAGCUGCAGUUAAAAUUUUGUGACUCGAUCAAAUUUGUGUAAAGCGUUGUAUGUUGAUAUAAUCCAUUUAUGUGUAGUGUGACUUUUUGCGUGAUCGCACAUUGUACGUGAAAUAAUCAAAAACUUAUAUGUUACCAAUUUUUCCUCCAGAUGUUUUACUUUCUUGUAGCAUUUUGCCAUUGUUAAAUAUAUAUUAAGCAGAAUUUUUAAUGUUUUGCCAUUACAGCAUAUGGAUAGUUUAUUGAAAU